AUGGCUCCUGGAACUGAAGCUUCUACUGUCAGCUCUGGUUCACCUGUUGCAGCGACAGGGACAACAGCUAUCAAUGACUCGGCUCAUUCAUAUUAUCUUCAUCCUUCGGAUUCUCCAGGGAUGGUACUGGUUAACACUGUCUUUGAUGGCAAAGGGUAUGGAGGAUGGAGAAGAGCCACAGUUAUUGCUCUCUCAGCCAAGAACAAGCUUGGUUUUGUCGAUGGCAGCUUCACCCAGCCAGAUCCUUCUGAUCUUCUAUUCAAACCAUGGAACCGCUGCAACGAUAUGGAUAUAGCAGAAAGUGUCUUGUACUCCAAGACUGCAAAAGAAAUUUGGACUGAGUUAGAGGAUCGCUUUAGUCAGUCAAAUGGAGCUCAACUCUACCAUCUUCAAAAUUGUGGAGGUAAGACAAAAGCUCUCAAAUCUCUUCAAGAUGGUCGACUUAUCCAAUUCCUCAUGGGGCUCAAUGAGACCUACUCAGCUGUGCGCAGUAACAUACUGAUGAUAUCACCUUUACCUAGUGUGAACUUGGCCUAUUCACUGCUCAUUCAAGAUGAGAAGCAGCGUGAGAUUCAUGUUGCUCAACACCCUACUGAAUCUGCCUUCUUGGCCUCAUAUUAG